AAAAAUGACGGCUGCUUGACUGCGCUUGACGUCAAGCAAAAUUGGAACAAAUUCAGCAGAUCAUUUUGGUCUCCUAUGUCAAGAGUUUAAGUUUAUUAAAAUAUAUAUUAUUUAUCAAUAUAUAAAAUAUAUUAAUACAUAAAUAUAAAUAAAAUUAUUUUCUUAUUUAAAUUUUAAUAUAAAAAAAAAACUAAGAUGCCAAGAGGUAAAUUUGUUAAUCACAAGGGACGUAAUCGUCAUUUUACAAACCCUGAGGAAUUAGAGGAGCAAAGAAAAGCUGAGGAAGAAAAACGAAGAUGGAGGCAACAACACAAAGGUGAAGAAUCAUCAAGUGAAGAAGAAAUUGUACCAAAAAAGGACAAGGACAACUCUGACAGUGAGAGUGAAUCAGAAACAUCUGAUUCAGAAACUGAGGGAAAGGCUAAAGGUGUUGAGGCUCUUAUUGAAAUUGAAAAUCCAAAUAGAGUACAAAAAAAAGCCAAGAAAUUGUCACAAUUAAAUGAAACACUUGUUAAAUCAUCAUCAUCAAAGCCAGAAUUAUCAAGAAGAGAAAGAGAACAACUUGAUGCUGAACGUGCACAGGCACAUUAUCAAAAACUUCAUGCUGCUGGUAAGACUGAUGAAGCACGAGCUGAUUUAGCUCGAUUACAAAUAAUUAAACAACAAAGAGAAGAAGCAGCAAAACGUAGAGAAGAUGAAAAGAAAAAAAAAGAACUUGCUUCACAAAAAAAAACUGAAGCAACAUCAAGAGCUCUUGGAAAAAAAAUAUAAAUUCUUUUUUAUAAAUUAAAAAAAUAUGAUUUAAUUAUUCCACUUCUUGAUAAAACAAAAAAAAAAAAA